GGGGAGGGACGAAGUCACGGAAAAGCAGGCUUUAACAAAUGAGCCGGGGCCGAGUCACACCUGUGACAUCAAAGCUGCUGCGGGCCUGGACGACGAGUCAGACACGGAGACUGUGCUUGUGACAACGUUCUGUCCGUGACAGGGUAACAACAGCUGAAGGAACACAUGGUGAUGGAGGCGUAGGAUAGAAGCCUACAGAGACUCACCCAUCGGAGGUUCAGAGGUCUGAGAGCGGCCGUUUUGGGGGUUCCACCAUGGCUUCGGUGGGGAUGCAGCUCCUGGCCAGCGUCCUGUGCCUGCUGGGGUGGGCAGGCGUCAUCAUCAGCUGUCUGCUGCCCAUGUGGAGGGUCACGGCCUUCGUGGGCACCACCAUUCUCACCUCCCAGAUCUUCUGGGAGGGCAUCUGGAUGACGUGCGUGGUCCAGAGCACGGGGCAGAUCGAGUGCAAGCCGUACGAGUCGGUGCUGGCUCUCAGCGCCGACAUGCAGGCCUCCAGGGCUCUCAUGGUGCUCGCCAUAGCAACGGGCGGCAUCGGCCUCGUUCUGGCCUUCGUCGGUGGCAAGUGCACUCGUUUCCUGGACGACGACGGUGAAGUGGCUAAGGGGAAGGUGGCUGUAGCUGCAGGGGCAGUGCUGAUAAUCACGGGCCUGCUGUGCUCCAUCCCCACAACAAUGGUGGCUGCGGUUGUGGUGAGAAACUUCUACAGCACCAUAGCCGAUGCUCAGCGGAGGGAGCUCGGAGCCUGCCUCUACAUCGGAUGGGGAGCGUCCGUCCUCUUCGUUCUCGGCGGGGCCUUGUUUAUCUGCGCCGCGCGGCCCUUCAAAGGCCCCGGCCCGGAGGACAGGCCCUCCGUUAACUACCUGGUGGUCCGCUCCUCCAGAGGGUCCAGUCGGGCGGGUUCUUAUCGAGUCCCGUCGGCAAGGCAGCAGCCUCCGAGCUACGGGCCACCAUCCGUCAUGUCCCAGCAGGACACGAGGCCGCUCUGGGAGGAGAAGCAGAACCCCCGGCCGGGGUCCGAGAGGUCACGGGCCCCGUCCACCAAAUCUCAGAUGGAAGCAGCCGAAUGGAUGGAGUCUGAGCACAGCGAGGCGCCGUCUACAAAAUCUAAACUGAAAGAAGCUGAGAUGAAGGAGAAAUUACCAGCGAACAGCGGCAAUGAAGAUGCAUCGAAUCCACCGAGAACAUACAUCUAACGUGCUCACACAGAGGCAGGCAGUGGAGAAGCUGUUCACUGUGUUUCACUGAGUGGUGACUGAAAAACAGUGGUCUGUUGCAGCUGAAAACGACCACAGUGGUAAAGUGAAGUAAGUUUGUUUUCGUAUUUUAUGUUCGAUAUGUAAAUGAAGGCAUCAACAGGCACCUCCUAACACUUCUAAAGCUUUAUUUCCCUCUUUCUUUCUUUCUGACUUGUUUGACUUAGUCAGCAAACAACAAAGCAACAACUGUAAUGAAAGACACAUAUUUAAGACAAAUUGCUCUUUGCUUUAAUGUAUAUAAGUGUGAAAACUAGUAGCAGCUGCAGAUAUGAAUGUAAACGUGUGGGUCUGUGGACAUCACAUAUAUCUGUGGAAUAAGGUUUUGCUUUUGUUUUAUUACAUAUGUGUAUAUUUUUUUAAAUAAACAACUUUAAAGGAGA